AUGGACUUAGAUCACUGGAUGGAGUGUGUGAAAACUUGUAAAUAUCUCCCUGAAAACGACUUACGGAAACUAUGUAACUAUGUCAGUGAGCUAUUGAUUGAAGAAUGCAAUGUACAGCCAGUUAGCUUCCCCGUGACUGUAUGUGGGGAUAUUCAUGGACAAUUCUAUGACCUUUUGCAAUUAUUUCGCACAGGAGGUAAACUCCCUGAUACAAAUUAUAUUUUCAUGGGGGAUUUCGUCGACCGUGGAUACUACAGUCUUGAGACAUUCACAUUACUACUUGUUUUAAAGGCUAAGUAUCCUGAUAGGAUAACACUACUGAGGGGAAAUCACGAAAGCCGGCAGGUCACUCAAUGUUAUGGCUUCUACGAUGAAUGUAUAAACAAAUAUGGCAAUGCAAAUCCGUGGCAUUAUUGUUGUAAAGUAUUUGAUCUCCUCACCAUAGCUGCGUUGGUUGAAGAAGAAGUUCUUUGUGUUCAUGGAGGUCUUUCACCAGAAGUCAAAACACUAGAUCAAAUCCGGACAAUUGACAGACAUAUGGAAAUACCUCAUAAAGGACCAUUAUGUGACAUUUUAUGGUCAGAUCCUGAUGAUGUAGCUCAAUGGACAGUUAGUCCUCGUGGUGCAGGAUACUUAUUUGGACCAAAGGUUACUCAAAAAUUUGUUGAACUGAAUGGUCUAGAAGUUAUUUGUAGAGCUCAUCAACUGGUGCAUGAAGGUUAUAAAUCUAUGUUUGAUGGACGUCUUAUCACUGUUUGGUCAGCGCCAAAUUAUUGUUAUCGUUGUGGAAAUAUUGCUGCAAUCUUGGCGUUUAAUAGUCCAACACAAUUUGAAGCUAAGCUUUUUAAUGCUGUACCAGAUGAAGAACGAGUUAAACCUCCUCUUAGAAUUACACCUUACUUUUUAUGA